UGUAAAAGUCAUGCCUCUUUCAUCCAAGUCAGCAUCACGGAUAUUUUCGUUCCACUCCGCUUUUGAAGUCACCAGUAACUCCUCGUGGGACUGAACGCAAGGUAAUGAACUUGUGUGUCUGCUGCAUAAAAAUAUGAUGUCAGUUUCAAAUCCCUGACCUCCUCUUUAAUCAGAAUCUGUGCAUUUUAAUGACUGUGCUUCUUUAAAUGCACAGUAGGCAGCCGAAAAACAACAUUAUGAACAUUAACUGCUUAACUGCAACGAUAAUGGGACAUCUGGCUAAACAAACCACAUUUUUUUAGUUAAGCAUUACCCUCAAUAUGCUAUCUCAGCAAGUGAGAUCCGCAGAUACGAAUGCUUAAGUUUAGUCAAAAGUACUUUGACUGCACAGGCUUCCUCCCCACUCACCUCCUGCCUGUUGAGGUAGAUGCCACAAGGGAUUAGGAGAGCUCAAAUCCCCUGACUGGAGAUGAGAAGGUAAAUGCUGCCUCUCAAAGUGUGCAGCCUCCUUCCCGAAUAAGUCAUAAAAGCUGCUUUGUCCUCCCCCAUGUCAUGAACUCACCGGGCCAUUAGAGCGGCAGGCUCACACCUUUAUGUUGAGAUGGAGAUACAGCUGCUUCACAGCAAGCAGACAAACUCUACAACAUAGCUGUAGUAAUAAGACCACAGGCUUGUUUUUAAGCAGCACAAGAAUGUAAGCACCCUUUGAGAAGAUACAGUUAUUGUUUUGUUCAUAUAUCCCGAACACCGAGCGCUAAAAAAGUAUUUCUUGGUGUUCCUUUUGCUUAGAAAUGCUUUACAGGUUUCUUUUAGUGAAGAGCAAACUUAUAGACAAAUUAUCUUGAUAAUAUGAUCGCAAGACGAGAAAUAAAAAAUAGAAAUCUGUAGAAAACCCUCAAAGAUUAGAAGAGAUGUAUCCAAUUUUUGACUGUAUAUUAAAGUAAAUAUAGGAAAACACUAUCACAUCUUUGUUUUCUCACUGUGCCUUAACUUUCAUUUGAUUUAAUUUGAUUUUAACAGUAGUUGAUUAAAGGCAGGCCUGAAAGGCACUGCUGCUGUGAGAACACAUCUAACACAUAAAGCUUUUGGACUCUUCAGAAAUAUUCAAAGAAGUAAUUGUGUGGUGAAUUAAGGCUUAAAGUGCAAUCCUGAAGCCGGGGCGUGGAUUUCUGCGCUGGGGGUGGCAUUCUGGAAAUCUCAGGUAUCAGCAUUAUCAUAUCAGCAGAAUGAUAAAGAGGUACAUUUAUAAAGGGAUAAUGUAACCGAGCCGAAUGACACAUCCUAUUCCUUCUCUCUUCUUAGCACAUCUACGAGGUACAAGAUCACACCAAAGAGCUCGCUCCUUAAGUCUCUCUCAUUCACUCAUCUUCCAUCCUGAUCCAAACCCACAGAAGUAUGUCGUGCAGCAUAGUGAAGUCCUUUCUGGUGAGCCUAUCCCGGAGGAAGCCCCUCGAGCCCGACGGGGAAGAGUCCACCUUCAAUCGAUGCCUGACCACUCUGGACUUGGUGGCCCUCGGUGUGGGCAGCACCCUGGGGGCUGGUGUCUAUGUCCUCUCUGGAGAGGUGGCCAGAGAAACAGCGGGACCCAGCAUCAUCAUCUCCUUCUUCAUCGCUGCCCUGGCCUCUAUAUUUGCUGGGUUAUGCUACGCAGAGUUUGGUGCCCGGGUUCCUAAAACAGGCUCAGCAUACCUUUACAGCUAUGUGACGGUGGGAGAGCUCCUUGCUUUUAUCUCUGGCUGGAAUCUGCUGCUCUCCUACGUCAUAGGGACAUCGACUGUUGCACUGGCAUGGAGUGGAACAUUUGAUGAACUCAUUGGGGGAGUCAUAUCAAAAUACUUUGCAGAAAAUGCUGCUAUGGGCCUGCCUGGCUUAGCACCUUACCCUGAUGUCUUUGCAGCAGCUCUGAUCGUGCUCUUGUCAGGUCUCCUGUCUUUUGGAGUGAAAGAGUCAACGAUGAUCAACAAGAUCUUCACAGCGAUCAACAUCCUGGUGCUGCUGUUUGUGACCAUUUCUGGAUUCAUCAAGGGGGACAUCUCCAACUGGAAAAUCAGCAAAGAGGAUUUGCUAAACACCACUGCCAUAAACGCAACUGACAUCGCUAAUGCAACAAGCGAGUUUGGAGUGGGCGGAUUUUUCCCUUAUGGCUUUGGUGGAACCGUGGCUGGAGCUGCAACAUGCUUCUAUGCUUUUGUUGGAUUUGACUGCAUUGCUACAACAGGAGAGGAGGUGAAGAACCCCAAGAAGUCUGUCCCUAUUAGCAUUGUGGCCUCAUUGCUUAUAUGUUUCCUGGCCUACUUUGCUGUGUCUGCUGCUCUCACCCUCAUGAUGCCCUACUACCUGCUAAGUAAAACAAGCCCACUGCCACUGGCCUUUGACUACGUUGGAUGGGGUCCUGCCAAAUAUGCUGUGGCUGUGGGUUCACUGUGUGCCCUGUCAACUAGUCUGCUGGGUUCCAUGUUCCCGAUGCCUCGAGUACUUUUUGCCAUGGCGAGAGACGGGCUGCUUUUCAAACCGUUGUCCAAAGUCACCUCCAGAGGCAGUCCAGCAAUAGCUACCAUAUCAUCUGGCAUUGUGGCAGCCAUCAUGGCUCUACUGUUUGACCUGAAUGCCUUGGUGGAACUGAUGUCCAUUGGUACUCUGUUUGCUUACACACUCGUAGCAGUAUGCAUCCUGAUACUGAGGUACCAGGUGGGUUCAUCUGAAGACACGGACCUUAAGAUCACAGAACCACAAAAAAGGUUUAGCUUCUUCAAACCUCCAAAAACACCCAACUCUUCCACGGCACGAACAGUCACACUCUUGACCGUAUUCUCUGUUCUGUGCAUUCUUGCACUGUGCAUUACUCUGAGCCAAGGCAUGGAAGCUCUUGCCAACACUCAAGCAUGGAGCAUCGUGCUUGUCUGUAUCUUUGGAGUGCUCCUGCUGGUCAACUUGUUCCUCAUCUGGAGACACCCAGAGAAUCCCACGAAGGCAUCAUUCAUGGUACCCUUAAUCCCUCUUCUGCCUUUACUGAGUACUUUAAUCAAUGUCUAUCUGAUGGUGCAGUUAGGCGGUCAAACAUGGAUACGAUAUGCUGUCUGGAUGCUAAUAGGGUUACUUAUCUAUUUUAUCUACGGAAUGCGUAACAGCGUCCAGAGGAAGCGACUCAUGACCAACCACGCAGAGAUCGAAACAGUCAGCGCCAAAACAGACAAGGAUACCAUUAAAGAAGAGAAAUUCUGAGCUCAAGCGGGGUGAAGACAGAUAAACUGAGAUGUUACAGUGAGCGACUUGCUUUAACUUAUAACCACUGCUUGAGAUGCACUGGUGCUGCUGCUUUUCUGCAGACUUCAACCUACGACAGCACCGAAGCAAAUGGCCAGAUAACUUAACUUGAUGGUUUAUUACAUCCUAACACACUCUGUUUGUUAUCUAAAUGGUCCAAAAUGAAACACACCCUAAGAUAUAUUUGGACCUUGAAUAUCUUCACUUAUCACUGAUUUUCACAUUGUUGUUAACGAUAUUUAUCUGUAUAUCUUGUCGUAUUAGUGAGCCUGUUCCAAAGAAAAAAUAUUCUGUAGAUUAUUUGCUUUUUAUAAUUCUGAAAUAACAGGUUUACACUUUUCUUAUCAAGUGCAAAAUGUAAAUUAUUUUUAUUUCAGUUUUAUAUUAUUUUAAUUUUAUUUUAAUAUAUUUUUUUAAAUGUGCAGAAUUCGCCUGAAGACGUUAUAUUUUACAGAGCUGAUACAGAAAACCUUUUAUGGGAUCUUCCAUGUGUAAAUAUGGAAACUGCAUGUGAUUGUUAACUAAACGACUGCCACUGUACACUUGAAUUAAAAAUUAAAUGAUUCGCUUUUGUAAAACACUUAAAUCUGGACUUACGUUGUUGCAGCCUGUGUCGAUAAAGACGUAAAAAUAAAGGACUACUAUAAGUUCACUCCCA